AUGCUUAAUGUAACCGAUACGCGAUAUGUUCGUCAAGUAUUUAGCACACCUCCACAAGGUUUAACACCACUUGUACCAGCAUUACGAAGAAUUCUUGCAAGUAAACGUAAUCAAACAUAUGAAAAGAAAUUAUUAAUUCUUAUUGCUACUGAUGGAGCACCAACAAAUGAAUAUGGUCAAGCUGAUGUUGGUGCAUUAGAAGCUGUUUUACGUAAUGAACGUACACCACAAACUUAUGUUACAUUUUUAGCAUGUACAGAUGAUCUUCAAACAGUUAGUUAUUUAUCAAAUUGGGAUAAAAUGAUGCCUAAUUUGGAUGUCAUGGAUGAUUAUCGUUCAGAACGUGCUGAAGUUCAACGAACACGUGGAGGAAAUUUUCCAUUUUCGUUUGGUGAUUAUAUUGUUAAAUCUUUACUUGGUUCUAUUGAUCCUUGGUUCGAUUCAUUGGAUGAUCGUGCCUAG